AUGCUUUUGAGUGACCAAUUUUGGGGCAUUUCCUUCCUCUCUCAGACUGUGGUUGGUGUGCUGGGGAACACAGCGAUGUUCUUGGUGUAUGUCCACAUCUUCAUGGCUCAGCCCCAGCAGAAGAAGCCCACGGACAUGAUCCUCACCCAUCUGACCAUGACCAAUACGGUGACCCUCCUCACACGGGGCGUUCCAGAGAUGAUGGUGGCCUUUGGGAUGAAAAAUAUCCUGGGUGACGUUGGGUGCAAGAUUUUGAUGUACCUGAGGAGAGUGGCCCGGGGCCUGUCCAUCUGCACCACCUGUCUCCUGAGUGUGUUCCAGGCCAUCACCAUCAGUUCCAGCACCUCCUGGUGGUCCUAGUUCAAGCCCAGAGUCCCCCAUUACAUCCUCCCUUCCUUUGUCUUCUUCUGGAACAUUAACUUGUUAAUCUCCAUCAAUUUACUCAUAACAGCUAAAGCCACCAAUAACGUCACCCUCACAGAACACACCUAUGUCUCCAAAUACUGUUCUACUAUCCCCAAGAGCAGUGACUCUAGUUACAUCAUAACUAUAACUGCCACGACUCUCCGAGAUCUCAUCUUCCUAUUUCUCAUGAGCUGGGCCAGCGGCUACAUGGUGAUCUUGUUACACGGACACCGCAGACAAGUCCAGCACAUCCACAGCACCAGCCGCUCCCCGAAAUCCUCCACGGAGACCAGAGCCAUUCACACCAUCCUGCUCCUCGUCACCUGCUUCGUUUGCUUUUAUUGGAUCGACUGCAUCAUAACGCUUUAUCUAAGUUUUGCCAAGGGAUACCAUAGUGAGUUGCAGAGUGUCAUCGCCUUUCUGUCCACAUGCUUUCCUUCACUCUCACCCUUGGUGCUGUUCAGUAGGGACCCCCGCGUACUUAGGCCCGCUCGAGUGUUUGAGAACAUGAGAAGGUCCAUUCAUAUGUUGUAG